AACGAACUUUCUUGUGCGCUCCUGGGAAAGGAGCGUUGCUAAGUAAGGACGGGGAUGGCAAAUGAAGCCCCAGGCUUCUUGGGAAAGAAGUGUCUAGGGUUCAAGAUAAAGGGUUAAGCCGGACGAAUUCGAGGCGACUCAACUCCAAAUUCCCGACAGUUGGUAACCCAGACCUGCCUGAGGGUGAAGAGGUCAAGCAGAAGCAAACGGUCUUCUUGUUUCGCCCGCCCCCUUUCUUUGCGCUGAUUGGUAGCCUCAGGCUUUUCUGUCUGAUUGGCCAAGGGAACGCAGCGCGUAAUUUAAAACAAUGUAUCAGUAACAAAGCUGCACCUCGUGGGCGGAGUUGUGCUCCAGACGGCAGGUUUGGGAGCUGAGUGUGAGUGAGCCAGUACCGGAGGGGGAACGAGUGUCGCGGCUUCGGACCAAAGCUGUCCCUGCUGUCAUGUCACAAGGGAUCCUUUCUCCACCAGCGGGCUUGCUGUCGGAUGAGGAAGUGGCUGUCUCCCCUAUGUUUGAGUCCACAGCUGCAGAUUUAGGGUCUGUGAUACGCAAGGACCUGCUGUCAGACUGUUCUGUCAUCUCUGCCUUCCUGGAGGACAAGCAACAGGUUCCAUCUGAGGAUAGUACAGAGAAGGUGAAAGUAUUCCUGAGGAUCAGGCCCUUGUUACCUUCAGAAUUGGAACGACAGGAAGAUCAGGGCUGUGUCCGCAUUGAGAAUGGGGAGACCCUUGUUCUACAGGCACCCAAGGACUCCUUUGCCCUGAAGAGCAAUGAGCGAGGAAUUGGACAGGCUACCCACAAGUUCACCUUUUCCCAGAUCUUUGGGCCAGAAGUGGGACAGGCAUCCUUCUUCAACCUAACUGUAAAGGAGAUGGUAAAGGAUGUACUCAAAGGGCAGAACUGGCUCAUCUACACAUAUGGAGUCACCAACUCAGGGAAAACCCACACAAUUCAAGGUACCAUCAAGGAUGGAGGGAUCCUGCCCCGGUCCCUGGCUCUGAUCUUCAAUAGUCUCCAAGGCCAAUUUCAUCCAGUACCUGAUCUGAAGCCCUUGCUCUCCAAUGAGGUAAUAUGGCUAGACAGCAAGCAGAUCAGGCAGGAAGAAAUGAAGAAGCUGGCCCUGCUAAAUGGAGGCUUCCAAGAGGAAGAGCUGUCCACUUCCCUGAAACGGAGCGUCUACAUUGAAAAUCUGCAGAUGGGUACCAGCACCAGCUUUGAUAGUGGCAUUGCUGGACUCUCCUCCAGCAGUCAAUUUACCAGUAGUAGCCAGCUGGAUGAAACAAGUGAACGAUGGGCACAGCCAGACACGGCCCCGGUAAGUGUCCCAGCAGACAUCCGCUUCUCCAUCUGGAUCUCCUUCUUUGAGAUCUACAAUGAGAUGAUCUAUGACCUGUUAGAACCAACUAGCCAGCAGCGCAAGAGGCAGACUCUGCGGCUGUGUGAAGAUCAGAAUGGCAAUCCCUAUGUGAAAGACCUCAAUUGGAUUCAUGUUAACGAUGCUGAGGAGGCCUGGAAACUCCUGAAAGUGGGUCGUAAGAACCAGAGCUUUGCCAGCACCCACCUGAAUCAGAAUUCCAGCCGCAGUCACAGCAUCUUCUCAAUCCGGAUCCUACACCUUCAGGGGGAAGGGGAUAUAGUCCCCAAGAUCAGCGAGCUGUCACUCUGUGAUCUGGCUGGCUCAGAGCGCUGCAAAGAUCAAAAAAGUGGCGAGCGGCUGAAGGAAGCAGGAAACAUUAACACUUCUCUGCACACCUUGGGCCGCUGUAUUGCUGUGCUGCGACAAAACCAGCAGAACCGGUCAAAGCAGAACCUGGUUCCCUUCCGUGACAGCAAGUUGACUCGAGUGUUCCAAGCCUUCUUCACGGGCCGAGGCCGCUCCUGUAUGAUUGUCAAUGUGAAUCCCUGUGCAUCUACCUAUGAUGAAACCCUUCAUGUGGCCAAGUUCUCAGCCAUUGCCAGCCAGCUUGUCCAUGUCCCGCAUGUGCAACUGGGAUUCCCAUCCCUGCAUUCAUUCAUCAAGGAACACAGUCUACAAGCAUCCCCCAGCUUAGAGACAGGGUCUAAGCCAGAAGCAGGCCUUGAUGAAGACAUUGAAAAUGAAGCUGACAUCUCCAUGUAUGGCAAGGAGGAGCUCCUACAGGUGGUGGAAGCCAUGAAAGUACUGCUUUUGAAAGAACGACAGGAAAAGUUGCAGCUGGAAAUGCAGCUCCGUGAUGAAAUUUGCAAUGAGAUGGUGGAGCAGAUGCAACAGCGGGAACAGUGGUGCAGUGAACAUUUGGACACUCAGAAGGAACUGCUGGAGGAAAUGUAUGAAGAGAAACUAAAGAUCCUCAAGGAGUCACUGACAACUUUUUACCAAGAAGAACUUCAGGAGCGAGAUGAAAAGAUUGACGAGCUAGAAGCCCUCUUGCAGGAAGCCAGACAGCAGCCAGUGACCCACCCACAAUCAGGAUCUGAAUUGUCCCUACGGCGGUCUCAACGGUUGGCAGCUUCUAACUCUACCCAUCAGCUCCAGGAAGUUAAAGCUAAACUGGAACAGUGCAAAGCAGAGCUGAACUUCACCACUGAAGAGCUACGGAAGUAUCAGAAAAUGUUAGAACCACCACCCUCAGCCAAGCCCUUUACCACUGAUGUGGACAAGAAGCUAGAGGAGGGCCAGAAGAAUAUAAGGCUACUGCGAACAGAACUUCAGAAACUUGGUGAGUCUCUUCAAACAGCAGAAAGAGCAUGUUGCCACAGCACUGGGGCAGGGAAACUUCGCCAAGCCUUGACCACUUGUGAUGACAUCUUAAUCAAACAGGACCAAACCCUGGCUGAACUGCAGAAUAACAUGAUGCUAGUAAAACUGGACCUUCGGAAGAAGGCAGCAUGCAUUGCUGAGCAGUAUCAUACUGUGCUAAAACUCCAAGGCCAGGCUUCUUCUGUCAAAAAGCGCCUUGGUGCCAACCAGGAAAACCAGCAACCAAACCAGCAACCCCCAGGGAAGAAACCAUUCCUUCGAAACUUACUUCCCCGAACACCCACCUGCCAAAGCUCAACAGACUGCAGCCCUUAUGCCCGGAUUCUGCGUUCACGACGCACCCCUUUACUCAAAUCUGGGCCUUUUGGCAAAAAAUACUAAGGCUAUGGGAAAGGAGAGAGCAAUCAUUGCCCUGAGGUGGGUAAGCUGCUCAACAUAAGUAGCAGCUCUCUUUUAAGCUUUACCCUAUACCUGGAACUCUAUCCAAAAUGUAAUACUUGGAUACUAGUUGGUUUUCCCCUUUUGUAAUAUAAUCACCUAUAUAAUCUCACAUUUUUUACUUAUAUGGUUUCUAUGCACACAAAAAAGUUAUAUUAAAUAAAGAUAUUGUUUUUAAAUAUGAAUUCUAAAUUUGGCAAAAUCAUUAAAUCAAAUUAUAAAAGGGGCAGAAAGAUUGAGAAUAAAACACCAUUUGGAACCCACAGGAACCCUUGUAUAGGAAUGGCAGCGGAAAUCAGUAACUUGUAGAGCUUGCCUAAGAAGGCUUGGUAAAAAAUGAAUGCAAGGGGCUUUAGAUUUUCUAAACCUUCCUUA